UCAAAGUUCAACACACAUUGAUAGUUCAUUCACAGUAGGGAAAAUAAAACAUGAAGCUCUUGUUAUGGCGUUGGUGUCCACUCUCUUCUUCAAGAAUCAAGAGUGGACGAAACUGGGUGUGCAAAACAAGUCCCAGAAAUAUCAUCCGUAAAAGGUCCAAGCGAUUUCUGAACACAAGGCAAUCGAAACUGAAGGUGACAAAGGAGAAGCCGAGUGCCAAAAAGAAGAAAGCAAAGACUCCGCGGAUGAUGAAGUGGCUGAACAAUUGGAAGGCCAAACUGGAGGAGCUGAAACCCGAAUGCGCCAGAUUGAGGGAGGAGAACAAGCUGGCAAUUGAGGAGAAGGACAAACUGGAGGAGAUGGAAUCCGAAUGCGCCAGAGUGAGGGAGGAGCACAAGCUGGCGAUUGAGAAGAACCUCCAACUCAAAUCCGAGUACGUGCUGCUGUUUACCUUGUUGUUUGGAGGAGAUGGUGGAAUAUGAAACCUCAUUUACUCUUGGUUCCACGAAACCCUGAACCUUUGCGUAUGGGUCUUUCGUUAAUUGUGAAUUACCUGAUAGAAUUGUGAAGGAAGAAUGGAAGAGGAAGGUUGUUCUUGUUGAUUAAGUUGAUUCCAGUUUCUAAAUAAGUUAUAGAAAGUGAGUCGUUAUUAACAUCUACAUAUCUGUAUUCAAUCAUAGUGUUUGGUUUCCAUUGUCUGGGAUAUAAAAAUUCUUGGAUACCCAGAUGAUGUUAUCUUA